AUGAUCAAGGGGCCUUUUUACUUUGACCUGGGCUCCGAACCCUCCAUAAACAACAAACAGGUUCUAUCGAUUCCGCCGUCGUCCUUGGUCGAUGUCGAUGUCGAUGUCGACAAGGCGGCCAUUCUUGCUGUGAGCCUCGUGCACAUGAAUUACAUACGAGGGUUGGUUCAAAAGGCGCGAUUCAAGGCGCGACAGAGCGAAGAGCGGGAGCAGCGGCUGGCCGAGAUGCUGGAGAACGGCGCCUCCACCAACAGCCGGACGUCGCCGGCCGCCUCGGCCACGUCCACCAACUCCAUGGCGUCGUCCAUCUCCGAGAUCUCCUCGCUGGAGGAGUCCCUCCGAGUCGGCGGCCGGGUGCGCCAAAUGUUUGAGGAGCGCCGCAAAAACGGAGGUGGGCCACUGCCGGUCCCGACGGGCUGGGACGCGGUAGACGCCCCCCACAACAAUCCGACGGCUGCGGCGGCGGCGGUGGCUCGAGGGCGGUCGCAGCCACGCCGACCUCACCAGAGUCGGAAUAACGCAGGCGGCGGUGGCGGUGGUGGUAAGCCGCCCACGGGACCCAUCACUGGCCUGCAUCGGCCGACGCCGAACGUGACGACUCAAAUGCGGCGGUCCAAGAGCGUGCAUCGGCUGGAGAACGGCGGCGUUGCCGCGACGACGUCGGCGUCCGCCAUGUCGACGUCCACGUCGUCGUCGUCGUCUUCGCCGCCGAGUCUCAACCCGUCCAGGUCCAGGGUCCACGCUGCGGCGGCCAUUAGUCGGUCUUCCAGCCAGCCUCCCAGGUUCGCCCUUUUUUUUAUUCUUUAA